AUGGCCAAGCUAGUCUGGUUUGGCCCUCAGUCGGCGCGAGGCAGUCUGCGAGGCGGACCUAUCAAGGCCUCACGUUUACACGAAUCCUCGCUUACGGCAUCCCUGCUCAGGAAUACGCGUGAAAUGGGAUCAAUGUGGGACAAUGACACUCAGGGUUAUUUGCAGUCAUGGCACUCCGUGAAAGACGUGCGUAUCGCAAUCGGGAGGAUCUUGCUUGGGCGCGUGUGCACGUAUAAUGCUACGCUUAUACCUGUCCUACCACGGAUUGACGCACGCGUCGUCAAGGCAACGCUUGCACAUACGCAAGCUCUCCCCUUAGCGCGUGAAGGGCGGCCAAGGGUCGACGAGCUCAGAUCAAUAGCACUACAUGACACUUUCACCUCCGCCUUCCAACACUCUCCUCACAUGGAUGUAACCGGAACCGAUCCGAGGGCUCGCACCGGACUAUUCCUUUGGCCAUGGGCCGCCACGGGCUAUCCCAACAUGCCCUCAUCAAAUGCGGGUCCAAUAAAUCCGCAGUCGACCCCACCCCUAGGGCUCUCCUCACCGCCGAUGUCUGGGGGUGGGGGAUUCGAACAGGGUCUUCAGCAUCAGCAACAGCAGCAGGACACAUCUCUCGAGUCUUUCUACUCCCGUCUCCCUUACUCAGCUGGAGGGCCUGUGCCCUCCUUGCAGCAGAUGCAACAACACCAGCGACAACAACGGGAAGCGGCAGCUGCCGCAGCCGCAGUUGCCGUCUCGGAAAUGCAGGGUAUAAACAACCAAUCCGGCGUGAAUCGGAUGUCCGCUACGGGGCAGCACCAGCCCCCUCAUGCUCCCCCUCUGGCUCCUCCUCCUCCACCUCCUCCUCCCCCUCCGCCCUUCGACCAGCGGACGCUCAUGAACGGUCGACAGCAGCAGCAACAACAACCCCCCACAAUCAACUCAGCUAGUUCUUCUCCGCUUAACAGCGGUGCUUACCACAACCCCCCUAUUUCCCCUGGGGCGCAACAGCAGCAGGUGUCCCAGCAACAGUUUCAGCGGCACUACUCCUCCACGGGCAGCCUACAAAACGCGUCGUCGUCACCCCUCGACGGUCGCAUUUCCUCAAGUGCGUCGCCUUCUGUGAGCUCGGCUCCGUCCUACUGUCUGAAGCGGCCCUCGAAUGAAUUCAACUCGGCUACGGCCAUGGCGUUGGCCUUGCAGGCGGUUGCAAAAGGCGAUCGACAAAUGCAGCCCCCUCCUCCAAUGCAUGUCCCACCCUCCUCUUCAGUCGCGGAGCACCUUCAAGGUGGAGGCGGUCCCGGCGGUGGAGAUGUCUUCGCAUCUAUGAACUCAAAUUACCUCUUCCAGCCGUCCAUGUCGAAGGGUCCGGGUGGGGGCCUUCACGGACGAGGCUCUACCGAAGCCGCGGCCAUGGCGGCAGCGAUGGCAGCACAGGCGGCGCGAGAUGCUGCCAACGAAAUGGUCGUGGACCCUCGAUCAGCAGCCGCCGGUGGACAUCCUUUAGGGCUCCAUGCCGGAGGAUUUUUACCCGACUUCUUGUCAGGAGAGACCAAAUUGGACCCCACCGGAGGGGUCGGACUUCGUGGGGGGUUUGGGUCGGUCGAUGGAACCCCAACAAUGGGUGGAGGACUUGGCAUGAUGGACGGCCUUCCAGGAAUCUAUGGCCACGCCGCGAAAGGAUACAAGUGCAAGAUUUGCCAACAUUGUUCCUACGCCGAAAGCUAA